AUACCAAAACAAUUUUGGACCAAACAAACUGUUAGUUGCUGCCGUCAUUGACACAACCAAAAUUUGGCGCCAGGGUAACCACACAGGGCGCAGGGUUUCCUAAAGCCUUUUGAGGUUAUAGAAAAAGGAAACAAGAAAAAAAAGCUUGUAUUUUUCGUGUCUCUGUAUCGAUCUUAAUUCUCAGCCAUUGAAUCUGAGCACCGCUAAUAUUCAGUUCUCCGGAAACAGCUGCCAGAGCUGUGUGUACAGGAAGGAACUCUGGCGGCCCGGAAUUCUGAAAACCAUGACAGAGAAAAAGAAUGAGGAGAACCCAAAAGAGAAGGAGGGUGAUCAUGUCAGAGAAAAAGAGGAGAGCCAAAGCAGCCAAGAAGAUGAUCAAGAAGAAAGCAAGAAGAGCCCAAGAGAGCAAAAGCCUAAUAAUAGUGGAAACGAAAGCACCCAGGAAGAUGAAGAAAGUGACAUAGAAUUUCUUGGCCCUGCAAUUUAUCAAGAGGCUGAAACCACACCUUCUGUUGAAUUGAAGCAGAGCGACAACAAGAAAAAAAAUAAAGCUUUAUUGGAAUUGAGGUGCAGGGUGGAAGAUGCAAUUGUUGGGAAUUAUCUUCUGGGAAAACCCAACAAAAAGAUUAGCCCCGCUGAAAGUGCCAGGCAGAGAGAAGAGCUUAGGGAGAUUAGUCUUUGGGGUGUGCCUUUGUUGCCUAGCAAAGGCCACCAAGGCACUGACAUUGUGCUGCUCAAAUUCUUGAGAGCCAAAGAUUUUAAGGUCCUUGAUGCAUUCGAGAUGCUACGCAGGACGCUGAAAUGGCGAAAAGAAUACAGAACCGAUGAGAUUCUUGAAGAAGAGUUGGGCUCUGAUCUUGAAAAUUUGGUGUUUUGGAGUAGUGUGGACAAGGAGGGGCACCCUUUGUGUUUCACUGUGUAUGGGCCUUUCAAGGAUAGGGAAUUGUACAAGAGGACAUUUGGUUCUAAAGAGAAACGCCAGCAGUUUUUAAGGUGGAGGGUUCAAUUUAUGGAAAAGGGCAUCAAGAAGCUCAGCUUCAAGAAUGGAGGAGUGGACUCUAUGGUUCACAUUACAGAUUUAAAGAACUCGCCGGGGCCGGAUAUGAAGGAGCUUCGUUCUCUUAGCAGCAAAACUCUGGUGUUGCUUCAGGAAAAUUAUCCAGAGCUCAUUCAAAAGAAUAUUGUUAUAAAUGCUCCACUUUGGUACUAUGUGGCACAUGUUCUCAGAUCAAGGCUCCUCAGUCAGAGAACUAAAAAGAAGUUUGUGUUUGCCAGGCCUUCAAAUGUUACAAAGACCCUUCUCAAGUUCGUAGACCCGGAAAAACUCCCAGUUCAAUAUGGUGGCCUCAAAAGAGAGCACGAUCCUGAAUUCACACCAGAAGACAAAGCAUCAAGGCGCUCAGUCAAAGCAAACACAACUGCCUGCAUUGAAAUCCCAGUUGCUGAGGGUGGUUUGACAAUGGUGUGGGAGCUAACAGUGGUGGGAUGGGAUGUGUCCUACAAGGAGGAGUUUGUUCCUGAUGAUGAAGGCUCAUACAAGAUUCUGCUCCAAAACAAGAAGAGAUUAGGUCAAUGUGUGAGAAAUUCCUUCUAUACUAAUGAACCAGGGAAGAUUGUGAUCACCAUUGAGAAUUGGACCUUCAAGAACAAGAGGGUUCUCUACAGAUCCAAAUCCAAACUUACUGUUCCUGUGUACAGAUUCUUGUUUAACUAAUAGCUAGCUUAAUUAGCUCUCUUCUACUUAUUUACUCUAAUCUGAAGCUUGUUUUGUAUAGAACAGAACAGAACAGAACAGAACAGAACAGAGCAUUUGUACAUGAAAUGAUACGAUCAUUCUGUAAUCUUUGUUUCUGCUCUUUCUAUGUGGAUUGAAAAUGAAGAUUAUUUAGAUGUGCUAAUAUUAUUAAAA